AUGGCAGCUAAUAAUCUACCAUAUGAGGUCCUAGUUUAUCUUUUCAAAUAUUUAACAAAUUCUGACAGAAAGGCGGCAAGCGAAACUUGCCAAUCUUGGUAUCUCGCCGCUAACGACUACUACUUUUUAAAAAACAAAACUCUUGUAUUUUAUAGAACAGACUUGCUAAAAGAGGCUUCACCACUGCAAGUAAUUGAAAAUACAAUAAUACCAUAUUACAAUUUUAUUUUCAAUGAGGUAGAACUGUCCAAUAAGACAAAUUAUUUUUGGGAUAAAAUUGGAGAAAACAUAAGAAGUUUAACAAUAAGAAAAUGUGAUAUUCAUGAAAAAACUAUAGAUUAUAUUUUAGAGAAAUGCACAAGCAUAGAAACAUUGAACAUACAAUGCUGCAAGGAACUCUUUAUGUCGGGAUGUCUAUUGGAGAAGACAAAUGGUGUGAUAGCAAAUAGUUUUAAGAACUUGAGAAGUCUAAACCUGUCUGAAAACAAAUAUAUAACAGAUGCAUUAUUCUAUAGGUUUGUUAAAUCUGCCCCAGAACUGGAACAUUUUUGUUUAUCGUUGUGCCCAAUACAAUUCCAUGCUGGAUUUGUUAAGAAAUUUUACUCCCAGACUAGCAAUAUAUUUGAUAAUCCAUCAGAAAGUGUUUUCACCUUUCAUUUUGUACAACAGUUUAUAUCAUCAAGGGCAGAUAAAAUAAAAAAAUUAGUUUUUUCUAAUACCCUUAUUGACGGAGCUGGUUUGAAGCAAUUGUCGGAGAUUCCUGAUCUAAUGCUAGAAAGUCUACAGUUAAAUACUUGUGACCAACUGACAAAUGCUGGAAUUAUUUCUUUGGCUACACACCAACAUUCUUUGAAAGAACUAGAUAUUGGUCUCUGCACCAGAGUUACUGACCAGUCAUUGAUGUACAUUUGUAAUAAUCUUGUUAAUUUGGAAUAUCUUAAUAUACAGAGGUGUAGAGCUGUAACAGAUUUAGGUAUUGCUGAAUUAAAUAAGCUUAAAAAACUGAAAAGGGUUAAUAUUUCUCAAUGUGAGCUUAUCACAAAAGACGGCAUAAAAGUGGGAUUGUGCAGUGAUGAUGAAAAUCUUAUUAUGGAGGAGUUAGAUAUAAACUCUUUGAACAAUAUAGAACAGACUGGUGUUAUAAUGAUAUCGGAAAAAUUAAUGAAUCUGACAUAUCUGGAUUUGAGCUUCUGUUUUAAUGCUGUGACAGACACAACCAUACAAGUGAUAUUUAGAAACCAAAUAAAAUUGCAUACAUUAAAAAUUAAUUACUGUGAUAAAGUGUCGGAUGUUGGUCUUACUGGGAUGGGGAAAGUUGAAUCAGAGGGUGAUGAUGAUGGACCGGUUAUGUCCAAUUAUGGUGAAACUAAUUCACAUAGCAGAAUACAUUUAGGCUCUAGGGCUGAGGAGGAAAUAAUUCGGGACGCGCAGAGGAAGCGAGAAGUACAGAGAAUGUGUGAAAAAUUAACCAUGGACUCUUAUACUGGAUAUUCAUUGGCUCGCAUUAAAUCUCUGAGAGAAUUAAAUAUCAGUGGCUGUAAUAGAAUAACUGAUGUCAGUUUGAUAUACGCUUUCGCCUUCAAAGAACUUCAGAGUUUGAAUUUAAGCAGAUGUCAACAAAUCACUGUCGAUGGAAUCAAAUAUCUUGUUAGAAAUUGUCCAAGCAUUGAAUAUUUGAACCUAAAUGAUUGUUACAAUUUAAAAGAUGAUGCUGUCAUUGAAAUUGUUAAAGGACUGCCGAGAUUACAAUAUCUGGAACUCAGAGGUUGCAAUCAACUAACCGAUAAAACUUUGGAAGCUAUUCAGGAACAUUGCAAAAUACUAAAAGUAUUAGAUAUCCAGGGCUGUCACAAUAUAUCAACUGAGUUGGGAUGUGCUAUAGGUUCUUUGCCAACCCUGCAUACUGUACUAAUGUCGAAACCGGGACCUUACAUAACUGAUGGUGUGAAGAAUAGGGCUCCCGCGCCACCCUUAUUACCCUCUCUGUUGAGAAAAUUAAGAUUACAUUAA